UUUUCCACUCUUAUAAUUAUCAACCUCUCACAUCUACAUGCUUUCAUUCAUUACCAAGCUUUCCUCACAUUCCACAAAACUAGCCACCUUUUCAGAGGCGCGUAUUCUCCACGCGCCACCGCAUUUCAAUCACUCAUCCCAAACUAUCUUACAUCAUCAACUGAAUAUCUCAAAAAAAAUCAAAAUUUCCACUUAGUCAGCUUUUUAAACUCAAAAAGCUCCAAACUUUCUAACACCCAAAAUCAUAUUCAGUAAAUUAAACUCCCCACUUUAUCUCUCUAGAACUUCUAGAGAGAGAAAGAUGUACACACUGAAACAAAUAACUUGUCUGAAACCAGGGAUCAACCUCCAACAUCUAGCACCAGAAAAAAGCUCAAGAAAUGGGAUAAACAAGAUGACCAAAAUACCCAUAUCAAAUAAGAAAAAGAAUACCGCUGGAUCAGUUAAAGCAAUUAUAAGUGGCGGGGAAGACAAGAGUAUUACAGUUGAGUCAGUGUUGUCUUCUUCAACUGAUGAUCAGCAGCCAGAAGGGGACAGAAGUGAGAUUCGUGUGACGGCUGUGAUUACUGUAAGGAAGAAAAUUAAGGAAAAGAUUAAUGAACAGAUUGAAGAUGGGUGGGAGUAUUUUGUGAAUGGGAUUGGUCAGGGAAUCUUGAUCCAGCUUGUUAGUGAAGAUCUUGAUCCUGUAACCAAUUCAGGAAAAAAUGUAGUCUCUUCUGUGAGAGGGUGGUUGCCAAAGCCAUCAAGCCAUGCUCAUAUUGUUGAAUAUGCAGCUGAUUUCACUGUUCCUUCAGACUUUGGCAAUCCUGGAGCUGUUCUUAUAACCAAUCUUCAUAACAAGGAGUUCUACUUGCUCGAGAUUGUCAUUCACGGUUUCGAUAAUAGUCCGUUCUUCUUUUCCGCGAAUACUUGGAUCCAUUCUCAGAAAGAUAAUCCUGAAAGCAGAAUUAUCUUCAGGAAUCAAGCGUAUCUACCGUCACAAACGCCUCCCGGGAUUAAAGAUCUACGGCGCAACGACAUGCUCAGUAUUCGCGGCAAUGGAAAAGGCCAGAGGAAGGCUCAUGAUAGAGUUUAUGACUAUGCUCCUUAUAAUGAUUUGGGAAAUCCUGACAAGGAUUCGGAUCUUGCUAGGCCGAUACUUGGUGGUAACAAGGAGUGGCCUUAUCCUAUGCGCUGUAGAACUGGCCGACCUCCGAGCAAAAAAGAUCCUCAUUGUGAGAGUAGAAUUGAGAAGCCACACCCAGUGUAUGUACCUCGAGAUGAAACUUUUGAGGAGAUCAAACAGAAUACGUUCGCUGCCGGAAGAUUGAAAGCUUUGCUUCAUAAUCUCAUUCCAACUAUUGCUGCUACAUUGUCAAGCUCAGAUAUUCCGUUCACUUGUAUCUCCGAUGUCGAUAAACUAUACAAUGACGGCCUUAUCCUUAAAACUGAAGAGCAUAAAACUAUUCAUCCAGUGUUGAGCAAUAUGAUGAAACAAGUUCUAACUGUUAGUGAAAGGUUACUCAAGUAUGAAAUCCCCGCUAUCAUAAAAAGGGAUAGAUUUGCUUGGUUGCGUGAUAACGAAUUUGCACGCCAGACUCUGGCCGGCGUUAAUCCGGUGAAUAUUGAGAUCUUAAAGGAAUUUCCUAUUAAGAGUAAACUAGACCCUGCUGUAUAUGGCCCUUCCGAAUCAGCACUUACAAAGGAUUUAAUAGAACAAGAACUCCACGGAAUGAGUGUAGAAAAGGCAAUUGAGGAGAAGAGGUUAUUUAUCCUAGAUUACCAUGACUUGCUUUUGCCAUUUAUCAACAAGAUGAACUGCUUACCGGGUAGAAAAGCUUAUGCCUCGAGGACGAUUCUCUACUAUAACAAGGCUGGUAUGCUGUUGCCAAUAGCUAUUGAGCUUUCACUUCCUCCGACAGCGUCUUCACCUUCCAACAAGCACAUUUACACUCAUGGGCAUGAUGCUACUGCACAUUGGAUAUGGAAACUAGCCAAAGCUCAUGUCUGCUCAAAUGAUGCUGGGGUUCAUCAACUCGUAAAUCACUGGUUACGAACUCAUGCUGUUAUGGAACCGUUUAUUAUUGCAACUCACAGACAACUCAGUGCAAUGCACCCAAUUUACAAGCUACUCCAUCCUCAUAUGCGUUAUACGCUAGAGAUAAAUGCACUUGCACGACAAAGUUUAAUCAAUGGAGGAGGUAUAAUUGAAGCUUGUUUCAGUCCUGGAAAAUAUGCAAUGGAGCUUAGCUCUGCAGCUUACAAGAGUAUGUGGCGGUUUGACAUGGAGGCAUUGCCUGCAGAUCUUAUUCGCAGGGGCAUGGCUGAUGAGGAUCCUUCAAUGCCUUGUGGUGUGCGACUUGUGAUUGAAGACUACCCUUACGCUUCAGACGGAUUACUUAUCUGGUCAGCCAUCAAAGAAUGGGUAGAAUCGUAUGUCAAUCACUUCUACACUGAGCCUAAUUCUAUCACUUCAGAUAUUGAGCUCCUGACGUGGUGGGACGAGAUUAAGAAUAAAGGUCACUAUGACAAACGAAACGAGCCGUGGUGGCCGAAACUGAAGACCAAAGAGGACUUAUCCGGCAUACUAACAACAAUGAUAUGGAUUGCAUCAGGUCUACAUGCAGCUGUAAAUUUUGGGCAGUAUCCCUUUGGAGGAUAUGUGCCUAAUCGUCCGACACUAGUGAGAAAACUCAUCCCAGAACAGAAUGAGCCUGAUUACGAGAAGUUUAUCAUAAACCCUAUGCAAACUUUCCUAUCAUCUUUGCCAACUAAACUUCAAGCCACCAAAGUGAUGGCUGUCCAAAACACUCUAUCGACUCAUGCCCCAGAUGAAGAGUACUUGGGUGAGAUGAACCAACUACAUGGUCAUUGGAUAAAUGAUCAUGAGAUACUGCAAUUGUUCAAUAGAUUCACAUCUCGAAUAGAGGAGAUAGAACGUACCAUAAGCAAAAGGAACAAGGACAUCCGUCUUAAAAACAGAAAUGGCGCAGGCACUCCCCCAUAUGAAUUGCUCCUUCCCUCUUCAGGUCCGGGGGUAACCGGACGUGGAAUCCCCAACAGCAUUUCCAUAUAAUGGGCGAAAUUCAUCUAGCGUCGGUUAUUCCUCUGAGACUACUGUUAAUAUAGUUAGUGAUAGUCAGUGAAUAUCGUGUACUUUGUCGAUGAUUCUACUUUCUCUAAUAUACGCAAUAAAGUGGUCAUAAGAUUUUUGAAUUGUAGCAUUUGUGGGGGUAUAUUGUAUCAGUCUUGUAGAAAUACAAAAAUGUAACAUCAAUCAAAGAAACAUUUCAUGCUCAA